AUGACUCGCCAUCACAAGAAACCUUGCCCGCACAAGAGGCUCUACGAAGCCGCGCAACAGCGCCGCAGACAAAGAGAGCAAGAGGCCGUAGAAGCUCUCAUGCUUCUGAGAGCAGGCUUUGGCGAGUUCGGCCUCUGGGGAAACGUCCCGGGUAACGUGCCAGGGACGCUGCCACUUCAGUGGCAGUCCAACUGGCAGCCCUUUCCCGGCUCGCGCCCGGUUUCGUUCGGCCCUGUUGCUGUGGGUGGCAGCAACCCGCAAACCACCAAUCCCACCACCACCACCACCACCACCACCAGCGCCGCCAACACUAGCACCAGGGGCACCAUCCCCAAUGGCCGCCCUACUACUUCUUCGGCGAGGCUGAACACACUGGCAGCGGUGGCUGCUAACAGCCGGCCACUGCCGUCGUCUUUGGGCCAAGCGAGCAACAGGCCCUCGCAAGACAGGGCUAACGGCUCCACAUCCGCCAGGGAGACCACCAGAGCCCGUUCGCGAGCUCCUUCACCAGAGGGCCCGCGCCGCUCGCAGGCUCCCUCACCAGAGGGCCAGCGCCGCUCACCAGCUCCUUCGCCCGAGGACCCAGGCUAUAGGGGUUCGUCUAGGCAGUAG